UAUGAUGUGGAAUCGAAUGAAUUUUAACCAAUGGUUGCGACUGUCGGACACAAUUUUGGUAUGGAGAAGAUUGGAUCGUGAUCGCCAACGAGUUCUAGUUGAAGAACUGGAGUCAUUGAUGGUCUCGAUUAUUUUCGAAGAUGGUUGGCACCCUAGAAACUCAAUUAGGUUUGAGGUAGAGGUGAUUCCAGAGAGGGUCACAAUUCUUUCACCAGUAUCAUUAUCGGCAUUUCCGAUGCCAUGGUACUCUUGCGAAAAAUGCAAGACUCCAGCCUCUAUUGAAUUGGUCAAGGGAGAAAUAUAUAUUCCCAGUGAUAGCCAUGUGGAAGGACCACCGAAAGUUUGGUUGCGUACCAUCGGAACUCAGACGGAUGGAUCUGAUUCAUCUUAUACUUCUUGUCCUUUGAUUUCUCGUCGCAAGGCGUUCGAAAAUUCUUUGGACUGGGUACACAAAUUGGUGGAGUCUCCCUCAUUAUUUGGAGUUGUAUUUGACAUUGAUGGCUGCUUUAAUUGCCACAACCCAUAUCACUCAGUUAACAGAUGUCCAUUACCUCAUGGAACGGUUUGUUGGGGUUGUGGAACCCAGGGGGUUAUUGGAGAAGAUUGCCCUUUUUGCGAUCCUCACAAGUUCUCGCUUGAACCUCCUCAAUGGUACCUUAGCCGAUUGCAACCUCGUCGUGCCAAAUAUUAUAAAAAAAAAUCGUAAUAAUUAAAUUAUGGUGAAUUAUCUGGUUUGACGUUGUUAACCGAGUAAUUGGGUUACGUAACCCCUUGAAAAUAAAUGGUUACCGGUGAUA